UCUGCGAGAGCCGAGGCUUCGGAGUCGAGUUCUCCACUUUGAAUAAAACGCGGACUCCGAUCCUCCCCUCUGGUGUCUGCUUACAGCCGAUCCAGUGAUGAGAGUGGCCGCGAGGAGAGACGGACGCUUUUCUUCAGUGGGGACCAGCAGUGCGCAAGAGUGCGCUCCGUGGUUCGGCACCGUCUUCAGCCUCGUCCUCCGCUCCUGAGAUCGACCCGAACCCGAGAGGCGCGCGGAGAUCCUCACCGAGACCCCCGCACGAGAUGUGCUGUGGACUGCCGAUGAUUUCUCCUCCUCCUCCAGGUCAAACUCAAUGGCAGACAAAGACUGCACUUCCCAGCACUCUUGUUCCCCCUGAGCUCAGAAAGACAGAGCUCAUCCACAGCUAAACCACUCUGUUCCUUUCACUCUUUGUCUCCCGGCCCAUCACCACUCUUCAGUCAUCGCCAUGGCUCGUCUGCUCGCCUCUGCCUUUCUCCUGGUUCUCCAGACGUACGCUGCUCCGCCUGAGGUCAUCCAGGCAGGAUUUGACAUCACACUGGACCCGAUGGACCUUGAUUCUGGACUACCAGCUAAUUUCUCUGGAGCUCUGCCUUCUUCUCCACCCCCUGGGACGAGUAAAAGGGCCCCACAUAGCAUCAUUAUCGGGGUACGCAAGGGAGGCACGAGAGCGCUGUUGGAGAUGCUGGACAUCCACCCUGAGGUUGCCGCCGCUGCCACCGAGGUGCACUUCUUUGACUGGGAUGAGAACUACGCCAAGGGCUUUGAGUGGUACCGUGAGCUGAUGCCGUACUCAUACCCACAUCAAAUCACAGUGGAAAAAACUCCAGGUUACUUCACAUCAGCCCUCGCACCGGAACGUAUCUGCGCCAUGAACUCAUCCAUAAAGCUGCUGCUGAUCCUUCGAGACCCGGCAGAGCGCGUCAUAUCUGACUACACCCAGGUCUACUUCAACCGCCUCGAGAACCACAAGCCUGUGCAAGCCAUCGAGAACCUGCUAGUGCGCAACGGAGCCCUAAACAUGAGGUACAAGGCCAUUCAGAGAAGCCUGUACGAUAUCCACAUGCGGAACUGGUUGCGCCACUUCCCUCUGGAGCAGAUACACAUCGUAGAUGGGGACGCCCUCAUCCGUGAUCCUUUGCCAGAGCUCCAGAAGGUGGAGCGCUUCCUCAACCUGCCACCCAGGAUAGUAUCUUCCAACUUCUACUUCAACCAGACCAAGGGGUUUUACUGCAUUCGAAGCGACGGUCGAGAGCGCUGUCUACACGAGUCCAAAGGGCGUCCUCACCCGGCGGUAAACAGCACUGUCCUCCAACAGCUCCGCUCUUUCCUGCAGGAGCACAACCGAACCUUCUUCAAGCUGGUGAAGCGCACAUUCACCUGGCAAUAAGUAACCAGAUCAGACUCACGGGAGCCGCUGCCUUGUCUGCGAUGAGGACAAAAAGGGGGAUUAAAGCACUUUACAACACUAAACUUAGACUCCCCCUUUGUAUAGCCUCUUAGUAACCACUGUUGGGAACUCUGGUUUCAGCAGAGCUCUUCUAUAA